AUGAGCAAACACGCAGCGACAAAAUCGGCAUUAUUUUCGUCGCCAGUAACGCCGAAGGCAAAACGUUUCGCAAACGCUGAUGUCGUGUUGAACGCGACAAAAUUCCAAGAAGCGAUUCAGGAGAAUGCGGCGAAAAUCGCCGAGACAACGCCAGAUCCGAUAUCAUUAAAAGAUCGUGUGGAACCGAUGGAAAUUGACGAGACGAGCGGCGACGAGCCGUGCUCAACGGCGAAAACGCCGAAAAGGAGAUCGAUUCCGGCGUUCGCCAAACGCAAAUCGAUAUGUUUAACAUUUGCCGAGGCCGAGAACGACAAAGUCAAAGAGAUGUCGAGAAUGGUGGAAGCGGCGCACGAGUAUCGCGAUUUUCUCAAAUCGCAAAUCGACAAGUUCGACGAGAUCGACGCGCGAAGUCGUCGACGUCUCGAGCGUGCUCGACUGCGCGCCGCUUCCGAAUUCGUCACGUCGAGAAAUUCGACGCAAAAAGUGCCGAAUAUUCAUGAGAUCAUGACGACGAAAUCGCAGCGAACCGAAAUUGACGCACUCAACGAGGCGCUCAUCAAUUUCCGCAAAUUGACCGUCAAAAAUGUGAAACACGCCGCAUUACAAGCGAAAUAUAUGGAAAAUGAGAAGAAAAUUGAGAAAGAGGAGAAAAAACUCGAGGCGCUUCGAAAGCUUCAUGAAACGCUGAUGCUCGGCGAUGAUGAGCGCGAGCAGAUUCGCCAACGGAAGGCGACAAUCGAGGAGAAUGCGAGAAUGGCGGCGAAUUUGUUGGGUGUGGCGCGCGAGAUGGCGUCCAUCGCAUUGGCGCCAAUUCAAAUCAUUUAA